AUUCAGAGCUAGGACCUCCUGAUCAUAGCCACAAGCACACAUUAGCUAGAUUAAGUGUAAACAAGACCUGUCCUGUGUGCUUCAUACUCAGACACUACUCAGCUCAGCCAGUGUGGAGUUCACAUUUUGGUAACCAAACACACAGUCUCCCAUGGAGCUCAAGUCCUCCCCCUACCUCCAGCCUUCUUCAAACUUGCCCUCCACAAGAAGAAACUCAUUCCAUGGAGUAGGAGUUGAUGCAGCACCUGGAGGAGAAAGAGGAGGCAGAAACCCAUUUGAGCCCACGUUCAGUGACCCGCUCUGCAGCCUCAACCCGAAGGAGACUUCCGAGUUCGUUAGGUCCUCCUUCCCCAUGGCCACCAUGGCCAGAAGCAGCAGUAGCAACGGCCAUGGCCGCCACCACGAGGCCUCCACCACUUCAUCCUCCUCGUCCUCCACGGCCUCAGCGCAGAGGCAACGAGCGGACCAGCCGCAGCAGCACGUCGUCCCGGCGACACCGGGGCGGCUAUUGCAGUUCUUCACAAGCCCUGCGCACCACCAGCAGCUCGUCGCCCCGAGAAAGUCGGUGCCGUCCAAGUGGGAGGACGCAGAGAAGUGGCUGCGGCAGUCGACCGACUCCGACCACCACGGCGGCAAUGUCAAGGCCGCCUUCUCCAGGCAGCGGAGCGGCGGGCUGGGUCAGAGAGGAGGCGGCGGCGAGGAGGAGAAGAGGGCGCCGGCGACGGUGAGGAGGUUGGUGGAUGGCAAUGCGCUCGCGCUGUACGCGCCGUCGGCUGAAGUGCUCCUCAAAGACAAGUUCACAGACAACGAGGAGCCGUCCAAGGAGAGCUUCGUGUUCCGGAGCUCGUACUGCGAGCCGCCGCUGGCGAAGGGCACGGCGGUGCAAGCGGUGGCCGCCGGCGACCACCGGAGGGACAUUGGGACGGAGAUGACGCCGCUGGGCAGCUCCACGACCUCCAGAUGCCACACGCCGAUCAAGAGCACGUCCCCCGCGAGGCACAACACCCCGGCGACCCGAUCGGGCCCACUGGUGCCGUACAACGGCGGCGGCAGCGGGGGGCUGGACAUCUCGGAGCUGGCGGACUGCCAUCUCGCCAAGCUGGACCUGGGCGCGCGGUUCGACGCCAUGCUCGUCAACUGGAGCUCCAAGGAGGAGGAGGAAGAGGAGGUGUCCAAGAGCCUGAGGCACUUCGAGGCCACCGCCGGGGGCGGGCCACCUAGCGACAAACGCGCCGGCGGCGCCGAGUGCCGGUGGGAGGACGAUGACAGGGCCAAGAGCUGCAUCAGGUAUCAGAGGGAAGAGGCAAAGAUUCAGGCUUGGAUAAACCUGGAGAGUGCCAAAGCUGAAGCACAAUCAAGAAAGCUGGAGGUGAAGAUUCAGAAGAUGCGGUCGAACCUAGAGGAGAAGCUAAUGAGGCGGAUGAGCACCGUGCACCGGCGCGCUGAGGAGUGGCGUGCCACGGCGCAGACGCAGCACCUACAGCAGCUGCGGCGCGCUGCGGAGAACGUUCGGCGGCUCAAGGCCACGAGCCAUCACCGUCAUUUGCCGGGGAGCGACGCGUCCUCCUGCGGCUGUUUCCCCUGCAGUAGCAAUAUCGUCAGCGGCAACCUCCUAAACUAUUACUAGAGUUCUAGCGCUAGAUAUUCAGGGAAGAUCAGAUGGUUCAUUUGGCGCGAAAACCAGCAUGAUUUGCGAAGAACAGAAUAGUUUCUUGAUGUUUGUAGGGGUGUUUUGUGUUGGAGAAAUUGGUGGAGAUGUGUCAAAAAACUGUAUCUUU